CCAGCAGUGUGCGACAGAGAUAGGUAACGUUAAGAUGGCGGCGCAGGAGACCGAAUCCACCAAGCAAACUGCUGUUAGCAACGGCGAGGUGAGCAGCAAUGGAGAGGCUGCGGGUGACCAGGUGGCACAGACGGACGGAGCAGCACUGGACCCACAACAGCAGCAACCGCAGCAGCCACAACCGGCUCCAAACGCAUGGCAGGUCAUCAAGGGCGUCCUCUUCAGGAUCUUUAUCAUUUGGGCCAUCAGUAGCUGGUUCCGUAGAGGCCCCUCAACGCCAGACCCCAACACUCCUGCUGGGGCACCACGGGUUCCCAGCCGGAACCUUUUUCCCAAGGACACCCUAAUGGAUCUUUAUGUGUAUUUAUCUCAAGACGAGAUAUUCACAGAGUUCAACAGCACAGAAGCGUUAUUUUGGUUUGAGCGAGAUCUAGUCUAUGGAGACUGGAAUUCAGGAGACCAGGGGUGCUUUGAGCAUUACCAGGAACUGGAUAUACCAGAGAGUCUCCAGCAAAAUGGCUCUCUCUAUAUCCAUGUUUACUUCACCAAGAGUGGCUUUCACCCAGAUCCCAAGCGCAAGGGUCAGCAUCGUAGGCUGGCCACUGUCCAUGCCUCCAGAAUGCUGAACAAGUUCAAAAGAAGAAAGUUUAUGAAGACAAAGAAUCUCCUCACUGGAGAGACAGAAGCAGACCCAGAGAUGAUAAAGCGCGCUGAGAGCCACGGGCCGGUGGAGAUCAUCUCGCACUGGCACCCCAACCUGACCAUCAACAUGGUGGACGACCACACGGCCUGGGUCAAGGGCUCCGUUCCCCCGCCCCUCGACCAGCAUGUGAAGUUUGACGCGGUCAGUGGCGACUACUAUCCCAUUGUGUACUUCAACGACUACUGGAACCUGCAGAAGGACUACUACCCCAUCAACGAGACGCUGGAGAAGCUGCCCCUGCGGCUCACCUACUGCCCGCUCUCCCUGUGGCGCUGGCAGCUCUACGCCGCCCAGAACGCCCGCUCGCCAUGGAACUUCCUGGGAGACGAGGCCUACGACCAGUCCGACGAGGACCAGGACUCAGUGAAGGUGGCCUUGCUGGAGACCAACCCUUAUCUACUGGGCCUGACCAUUGUGGUCUCCAUAGUGCACAGCAUCUUUGAGUUCUUGGCUUUCAAAAAUGACAUCCAGUUCUGGAACAGCCGCCAGUCUCUGGAGGGGCUGUCGGUGCGCUCCAUCAUCUUCGGGGUCUUCCAGUCCCUGGUGGUGCUGCUCUACAUCCUGGACAACGAGACCAACUUUGUGGUGCAGGUCAGCGUCUUCAUCGGCCUGCUCAUCGACUUCUGGAAGAUCACCAAAGUCAUGGACGUCAAGCUGGACAGAGAGAACAAGAUUGCUGGAGUAAUCCCACGACUGGUAUUCAAAGACAAGUCCUCAUAUGUACAGUCCUCCACCAAAGAGUUUGACGACAUGGCGUUCAAGUACCUGUCGUGGUGCCUGUACCCACUCUUUGGCUGUUACGCCGUCUACAGCCUGCUGUACGUGGAGCACAAAGGCUGGUACUCCUUUGUACUCAGCAUGCUCUACGGCUUCUUGUUAACUUUUGGUUUUAUUACCAUGACACCACAGCUGUUCAUCAACUACAAGAUGAAGUCUGUGGCCCACCUCCCAUGGAGGAUGCUUACCUAUAAGGCACUCAACACUUUCAUUGAUGACCUGUUUGCCUUCGUCAUCAAGAUGCCUAUGAUGUACAGAAUAGGCUGUCUAAGAGAUGAUGUGGUGUUCUUCAUCUACCUGUACCAGCGAUGGAUCUACAGAGUGGACCCCAACCGUGUCAACGAGUUUGGCACCAGCGGAGUGGACAACACCAAGGACAGCAGCAGCAGCACGGCACCACAGGCCUCCGCAGAUAACGGAGGACCCCCACCCGCCAUCGAAGAAAAAGCAGAGGAGGAGAAGAAGAACGACUGAGCUGCCUACCUGCCUGCCUGCCUGCCUCCCUCCCUCCUCACUCAACCUUCUCCCUCCCCCUCCCCCCAGCUCUUCCGGCGAAGGUGCAGCCAAACCCCGCUUCAAAGGCAAAAUGUUGGCUAUUUUGCCAGGGGCGGUUAAAAAAAAAAAAAUGGAGUAUAUGGUAUUCUCUAAUUGACUCUGCAAAAAAAAAAAAGAAAAACAAACGACCACCUACACACAAGCGAAAGAAGAAAAAAAAAAUCAAGAAGUUUGUUAUUCUUUCAUGUGGGAUUCACUUGCAAAAAGAGUCAUAUUUAAUGUAGACCUCCUAAUUACUUUUUAUUUUCUAAAAAAGCAAACGUUUCCAUAUUUUUGCAGUUUAAGUGAAGUAAAAAAAAAUGUGAUGUACUGUUUUACAUAUUGUUGGGACCGUGAUGUCGGGGUGGGUGGGUAUCGAAUUGAUUUCUUAACUAAUAAAAUUAAAAUGUAGCCCAUUUGAAAUGGGGACACAUGGGGGUGAUUACAGUACAUAUCAGCGGAAUUCUAGAGAUGAAAACAGUGCAGAAAAAAUCCGAGGCGUAAAAGCAAUGUUGCUAUUUUUAUGUGGAUUCCUUGUGAUUUAUCUUUUUUUCUUUUUUUUUUCUCUCCUCCAUUCCAUGUGUGAGCGCUGUCAUGUGGGGGGUAGUGAUGGGACUGAUGUGCUUGAGGUAGUGGGGACACAGGCGUCUAUGAUCUGGGUCAAAAUGGCUGACCUGAUCCAAACCCUACUUGCAGAAGAUUGUGACUACCCCUCAUUAAAAAAGAAAAAAAAAACAAAAACAAAAAAAAAACAAAAUGGUUGAUGUUCCAGACUUGAACAAAAAAACAGCCUUGUAGGUAUUAAUAUAUAUUAAUAUUAUUAAUAAGAACAUGAUUUUUGGUCACUUUUUUAAUGUCCAGAAAAGUGUACAGAAUCUCAGCUUGUAAACUUAAUUGCAUUGAUGUCAGAACUGUUUAGCGAUAGUUGAUAUGUCAGUUUCAUUGACCAGUAAUUUUGAUUUCUAAAUAUUCCUCUAUACGUUCACACUCCAUGACUGGACCAUGUUGACAUAAAAGUACAGCCACAUUGUUUAGUAUCAUGAAGGGUGGGGAGGGGAGUCUUGUUGCACUGUCAGGUGUAUAAAAGACAAAUAGCUUUUUUUCUCUUUCUUUUUUUUUUUUUCCUUUUUGUGCCGCAAUUAUGAAUUGAUGGAGUUUUUAUUUUGGUACAUUAAAGUUUGAUCACUCAUGUUUAUAGUAAAGCAUAAGUGCAGUUAAAACUGUU